GAGGGCAGUAGCAGAGCGCGAGGAGGUGACACGGCAGGCGGCAGGAGGAGCUGGCGCGCUGAGGUUGGCAGUUUCCCUGGGUUCCUCCUGGCGGAUUACACGGCGGGGGGGAAGCAAAUGCACUGAGGAGGCGAGCUGGGCGCUGAGCGGUCGCCUCUGCAGCUGGAGUCUCAGAGCAGCCUCUCUCCAGGGGGAGACUUUGCAUCAGUUUAGCCGCACGUCCGGCACAGGAGGCAGGCGGGGUGCGCUGUUUGGAGAGGGGGGAGACGACUCCUUUCCAGCCAUGAUCAGGCUGGGCUGCAGGGCGAUGCAGACGGGACCGUGGCUCCCUACCCUACCGUGAAGGCUCCUAUGGGGUAUUUCCCCUCUGCUGGGAGGCGCAGCCCGGUGGCCCCAGCCCCGAUGGAGCCGGAGGAGAGGAAGAUCUCGGUGUGGCUCUGCCAGGAGGAGAAGUUGAUCUCUGGCCUCUCCAGACGCACCACUUGCUCCGACGUGGUGCGGGUGGUGCUGGAGGACAACAGCCAGCGGCAGCAGCUGGCCGCCCCGCAGGAGUCCGGCGGGGGGAUGCUCUCGGGCCCCCCCGAGUCCUACUGCAUCGUGGAGAAGUGGAGGGGCUUCGAGAGGAUCCUGCCCAACAAGACCAAGAUCCUGAGGCUCUGGGCUGCCUGGGGGGACGAGCAGGAGAACGUCCGCUUCGUGCUGGUCCGCAGCGAGGCGUCCCUGCCCAACGCGGGGCCCCGCAGCGCCGAGGCCAGGGUGGUGCUGAGCAAGGAGCGCCCCUGCCAUGGCCUCGGGGCGGCCCGGGCCAGCCUGGCGCUCACGCAGGAGAAGCAGCGCCGGGUGGUGAGAAAAGCCUUCCGGAAACUGGCCAAGAUCAACAAGAAACGGCAGCAGCCGCUGGCCAAGGAGGCGUCCUCGGCGGAGAGGAUGGAGACCCUGGUGCACCUGGUGCUGUCGCAGGACCACACCAUCCGCCAGCAGAUCCAGCGGCUCCGGGAGCUGGACCGGGAGAUCGACAGGUACGAGGCUAAGAUCCACCUGGACCGCAUGAAGCGGCACGGCGUGAACUACGUGCAGGACACCUACCUGGUGGGGGCCAGCAGCUGCGAGCUGGAGGCGAGCCGGGAGCUGGAGCUGGAGUCGGGCUCGGGCUCGGGCCCGGACGGGGCGGCCGGGCAGCUGGAGGAGUACGCCAGGAAGUGCGAGGAGGUGCUGCAGCUGCAGGAGCAGCGGACGAGGCAGGAAGAGCUGCUGGAGCACCUGGCCGGCGAGAUCCAGGAGGAGCUGAACGAGCGCUGGAUGAAGCGGCGCCGGGAGGAGCUGGCCGCAGCCAAGGGCUCCAGUUCCUGCCUCUUCGAGCCCGAGUGCAACACCACGGAGCUGAGCGGCGGGGCCGGCAGCGAGCUCCACGUGGAGCAGGAGCGCGUGAAGACCCAGCUGAGCACCAGCCUCUACAUCGGGCUCCGGCUGAGCACGGACUUAGAGGCGAUCAAAACGGACCUGGAUUACACGCAGCGCGCGCGCGAGGACAGGGAGCGGGAGCUGCAGCGCCUGCUGGAGACGCUGAAUACCUUGGACUUCGCGGACACCCAGGCGGCAGCUCAGAUCCUCCUCCCCGAGGAGCGCGCUCCCGGCGGCCCUGCCUUACACGAGGCUGGGCUGGGGGCUCCCGUGGGCAGCUCAGACGUCUGGGAGGGCCAAGCCAGGGGGCGGUGCAAGGCCUGCGAGGAGAACGAUGAGGACUCGGAUACAGGACUGAGCUCCAUGCACAGCCAGGACUCUGACUCUGUCCCAGUCUGUGAAUCGCUUGUAUAGCGGCCUCCUUCCUUAAGUAAAAUAAGCUCAGGGACCCACAGCGAAAUCCAAACUUGUGCUUCCUCCUUGGCAGUCUUAGAAUACAACUAGCCGUUUUCACAUCAGCCAGCAGAACAGAUCCUAGAGUGGACUCCUGUGAUAUAUUUCCAUUAGAACAAAAAUGUGUGUUUUUGUUGUUGUUGUUCUAUCCUUUUGGGGAGGAGGGGGACCACUUUAAAAUCCAGAUGCCAGUUAGUGCCAUAUUAUGGUAAUUUAUGCAAAGUGAUGACCAGUUAUCUGGUGAUAACAUAAGCUAAUGGUAAACUACACAGUUGAAGAAUUAAAUGGAUUACACUAUAUAAUGUUGACUCUACAGAAAGACUAUACCUGCAUUUUGCUGCAUAGUGACUGUUGGAAAAGGUUUGUUUGUAGUAGGUACUGUAAGGAAAGAGUUGCGGGGGGGAGAGCUUACACUAUAAAAUGCACUCAUAAAAAGGAAAUACACUGAAUCUGAAUUGUGGCUUAAGUUUAAACUUGUUUAAACUAGUCAUCAGCAGACACUUUUUAGUCUGUCUCCUCACUACUUUCAUCUUUUAGAAAAAAACCACAAUGUUUGCAUUUCAUUCAAUAUUGGAAUUACCUGUUUCCUAAAUUCCUGCCUUUUAUUUCGCCUCUUGAAUGGAACCCUUAAUCCUAUAUUUCUCCAAAGCAAAUACAGUCCAGUAUAGAUUUCUUUACAUAGCCUUUUUGAUGGAAUGCUGGAACAUAUUCUCUAGUUGAAACACAACUAGUUGAAAAUUCAGCACCUUUAUAUUUCCUCAGAAU